AUGAACGGGAUCACCGUUCUAAACAGUGCUGGUGAAUCAAUGCAACCGCAUCAAGUCAUCAUGACUUCUUUACCACCUCCUGGGGCCACGAACAAUGUCCAAAGGAUACCAGGGUGGGUUUCGAAUCAUCAUAUCCUUCCUGGACAGCAACCUUCUGCUUCCUAUCAGUAUUCUACACAAGCCGUUGAUCCACAAAGCCAACUCUCAUCAAGCGUGGUCAGCAGUAAUCAAGCACAGGUUUCAUUCGUUUCAGAUACGCCUCAAGGGCAAGGAAAUACUGGCAAACCCCAAAAGAAGUCUGGCAAGAAGAAGAAGAAGAAGGGGUUCUCACAAGAGUCAAAGGAACAACAUAAUCGUGAGCGGAAUCGAGAACAUGCAAGGUCCACAAGAAUGCGAAAGAAGGCAUAUGUACAAGAGUUGAAAGAGAUGGCUGAUGGGCUUCGAGAAAUUCAAACAACAGAGAUUCGUCAGAAGAGGAAGACUGUUCAGAAGAUGAUGGAUGUCAAAAAGUCCCGAAGGAGAUUAAUUCAAAGAGUCCUCGGGUUCCAUGCAGAAUAUGAGAGCGAUCCCAAUAAGUGGAGGGCGGUCGUGGAAGAAUCCUUUUGGUUCAAGCAACCAGUCACACCAUUUCGAUCCUUUCGUCGCUCCGAAGUUGAGAAAGAUUGUCGCAUUGUUCGUGGUAUUGACGCAAUGAUAUGUGAUGCUGCCAGUCUUUCAGUAAUGGUGGAGCGAAUCGGUUUCCGCAGUGCUCGUUGGCAUCAGAUCAAACGCCGGAAGGUUGCUGAUAAGUUGACGCAGACAUCACACAUACAUAUUAAUAACGAUGUCUCUAGAGAGACCGAGUCCAGUCUUUCUGGUGAGUCGAGUACGGAUGGAUCAAACGCAGGCUCUUGGAGUGACAAUGUCAAGCGAAAGCGUUCAUCGAAUGAGCCCAAUCGCUGGACCAAUCCACAAACUGAUUCCGCAAGAGUCAUCUCGUCUAGUGACAGUGGUGGUGAAAUGAAGACAACCAUGUCGUUUGGCAAAGAAGCAUCCUCUUCCGAGGAAUCGAAAACAGCCGAAGCAAGUCAGUAUGCCGGAGAUUAUCAAGCCCAGAAGCGUCAAAGAACCACCACCAACACACCUGGAACUGCGAACCAAGCUCAACAAGAACUGAAUCCUCCUCUCCCUGGAGGUGUAGUCCAUCAAGUGAGAGCGAACAACGACGCCCUCCGAUUUGAAGGCGAUAGGGCCAUACCACUCCUCGAUGGGAGGACGCCAUCCUAUUUACCACAUGCAAAUGGCUCUCUUUUUGGUAUUGACAAUGAAAUUGGAUGUUAUUAUGCUGUCAACGAGGACGAUAUGGAGGCCGUUGAGGAUUGCCUAAUGUGUCCCUUCACUUUUCGCUCCAAGAAUGCAGUCCUCUGUGGAGCUCUUGCCGACUGUGUCAUGCCUGGAAUGCUACGUGCCACUUUUUCCCCUAGCAAUAAGGUCCAAAGUAUUGAGAUCAUCUUUGAUGCGAUGGGAUUUAUGCAACAACUAGAUGGAGCCAAUGGCGGCGAUGUCAAUGCACAAGUCAUACCGGGAAGUUUGGAAAUGGCACUGAUGCAUUGUGCCUAUGAAGCUCGAGUGCUUACGGAAGCUAGACCACCUUAUGCAAUUGUCCAUGUCAAUGAAGCGUGGACCAACUUGACAAAAUAUUCGCAGAUGGAAGUGGAAGGACAGAGUCUGCUUCCUUUGAUUGAAGGAGGCGAUACUGACCCAAAUGCUGGGAUACGGGAGGGACGGCCUAUUCAUCGACUGGAGUCUGUGGCACAGGGAAGAGCUGCUUGUUCCACCAAUGUUCACUACGACAAGAACGGAAACUCCUUUAUCGAUUUCAUGUCAUCUUAUCCGCUGACAAAUGCUUCGGAUGAAAUCAGUCAUAUCUUGCACAUUAGUAACGAGCUUCCCAAGAUAUCUCCAAUACUUUCAUAA